GUUUAAAAUUGCUUGUUUACACGUACGUUUGUUUAUGUUUAAAAGCCGCAGCUAGUUGCUCCUAGCUGAAUCUAGCAGUUCUUUCUGCUUCUUACAUUCUCAAUUUGUGUCCUCGUCUGGCAAUUUUUUGGGCUGAGAAACGCAUUUCCAGCAGAAACUCGGCUAGCUAGUGAUAGAUAGCGGUUAUGAAAUAAACCUAUUUGAUAAUUUUCACAUUCAUAGAUAACAGCUGUUGCUUAUAACUUCUACAUUAUGUUGAUUGCAAUUAAUGGAAUUAUAUAGUAGGUAAAUAUACAUAAUGGUUGGCUGAUUACGACGAUUCAAAUUAGGUGACGCCCUGUAACAAUAAAAAAUAUGGAUAUCUCUGACUUCAUGAUUGGAGGUUUUGCAGCUAUGGGUGCGAUCUGCUUCACCAACCCACUCGAGGUAAUAAAAACACGUUUACAAUUGCAAGGUGAAUUAGCUGUACGAGGAUCAUAUGUAGAGCCUUACAAGGGAAUUUUCGACGCUCUAAUCACUGUGAUAAGAUGUGAUGGUUGGUCUGCUUUAGAGAAAGGGCUUGUGCCCGCGUUAAAUUUCCAGUUCAUAUUAAAUUCAGUUCGAUUAGGUGUAUACAAAACUGCUAUGAAUAACAAAUGGAUUCAUAAUAGAAAUGGUGAUGUUUCCUUUUUUCGCGGUAUGCUAUGGGGUGCCGCCGGUGGUAUUACUGGCUCAUUUUGUGCAAGUCCAUUUUAUAUGGUGAAAAUUCAAUUACAAGCCCGCUCUAAUAGCAAAAUUGUUGUUGGUUACCAACACAAACAUACUGGGAUUAUAAAUGCAUUUCAAAACAUUGUAAAAGAAAGUGGGUUUUUUGGUCUAUGGCGUGGCGCCACCGGAAUGUUGCCCCGAGUUGCGAUCGGAUCAAGCACGCAAAUUGCAACUUUUGGCAAAACAAAAUCAAUGCUGCGGGAGUAUGAAAUUGUCACGCAACCCAUUCUGAAUACAUUAAUAGCUGCAUUUGGAGCGGGCAGUGUGGUGGCUUUGGCGAUUACACCACCUGAUGUAAUUUCAACAAGGCUGUAUAAUCAAGGCACUGACUCAUUCGGUAAAGGUAUAUUUUAUAAAGGGUGGUGGGACUGUGCCCACAAAGUAUUCAGAUUCGAGGGAGUACAAGGCCUAUAUAAAGGAUUUUGGGCCAACUAUUUGAGACAGGCCCCACAUUCAACACUUGUAUUAUUGUUUUUUGAUUUACUUAUCUCGGCUAGAGACAAAUAUCAAACUAGCUAAAGCAUUCAGUGACAAUGUUAAACAAAACGCAAUUGAUUUGAUUAUUUAAAUCAUAUUAUUUUGCAAAAUUAUUGAUAUAUUCUAUAUAUUAAAUUAAAUACUUAUUACAGUGUUUUCGAUGUGUUUUAAUGUAACAAAAAUAUAUGUAUGAAUGUUUGUGAUGAAUCGGAAAA